UAUAAAUGAUUUCAGAUUAAAUAAUCUCAAAUUAAUGAUGAAAAUUAGAUUGUCAUAUCACUAUUAUUGUUGUUGAAGUUGUAACAUUAUUAAUCAACACUGUGAUUACUCAAAAUAGUAGGGUAUUUUAGUAAAAAAAGUCAUGAUGUAAUAUUGCAUAGUAGUUUGAAAACUAUAAAGCAUACUACUCAAUAAUAAUGGCAGGCCAUAAUAAAUUUUCUAAGAUAAAACGUAAAAAAGCAGCUCUUGACAUAAAAAGGAGUAAAAUCUUUUCAAAAAUUAUUCGAGAAAUAACAGUUGCAACUGCAAGAGGAGGUAGUGAUCCAAAAUUCAAUCCAAGAUUGCGUCUUGCAAUAUUAUCAGCAAAAGAAGCAAAUUUGCCUAAAAUCCGAAUUGAGGAAGCAAUCAAGAAGGCAUCUUCACCAACUGACACGAGUAACUUCAAGGAGGUGAGAUAUGAGGGUUAUGCAGCUUCUGGAGUAGCUGUGAUUGUGGAAACUUUGACAAACAACAAGAACAGGACAGUGCAAGAGGUCCGAUCAAAGUUUACAAAAUAUGGAGGUUCCCUCGGUGAAACAGGAUCUGUCAGCUAUAUGUUUAAAAAUGUUGGACUAAUAACAUAUCCAAGUGAGCAGAAAAGUGCUGAUGAGAUGUUAGAUCUAUCAAUUGAAGCUGGAGCCGAGGACUGUCAACUGGUGGAAGAUGAGUAUGAGAUACUUUGUUCCUAUGAGAAUUUACACACAGUGAGGGAGUUUCUGGAGAACAAGAUUGGAGAAGCCACCAGUGCCAAGCUGAUAUGGAAGCCUGAUAGUUCCGUAACCUUGGACCAUGAAAGGACCGGAAGAGUCAUUAAGCUGAUCGAUGCUCUUGAAGAUUUGGAUGAUGUCCAAAACGUCUGGUCAAAUUUGGAUAUUCCAGAUGACUUUAACCUUGACGAAAUAUAGUUCCUCACUUUGAACAAGUACUUUUAAAACUAACAAACUUUUUCUCUUAUUAAAAUAUUGCUUGUUUGAAAAUUCUAAAUGUUUGUUUUAGAAAUAGACAACAUAAUUAAAUCCACCUACUUAGAGUCAUAUUUGAAAAAUCAAAAUUUGUUUUUGACAAUGGACGAUUUGAAAGAUAGUAGGAUUUUGGACAUUUGCCAUCGUUAUAUUUUACAAAAAGGUAUAACACUAAAUAGUCCUACAGUUUUUUUAAAUCAUGUCUAUAUUGUCCACUAACCUAUUUUAAUGUAACCUAGUUGAUUAGUAGAAUCCAGAAUGAGAAUUGAGAGUGGACAGUCAGUAAACUCUAUCAGACCAAUAACUGCAAAUGAUAAUUCUGAUACCUGUAGUAGAAAAUUCCAAACAGAUUAAACAAAUGUUUGUUAAAAUAACAUCACAGUUUACUAAGUGAUGUUUUUAUUAAAUGAUUCACUGGCCGCUAA